AUGGCGACAGCAAGGAAGCAGAAAGGAACAGGCAGCCGGACAUAUCAGGCUUCUCAACCCCGCCGCGGUACUGGCAGAGUUGGUGUCACAGCACCACAGCAUCCUGAGCCUGGUGGCUGGUAUUUACCAGCUGAAUUACAGCAGCUGAUUCUAGACGUAUUUCGACGGGCGUUUCCAUUCGACCACGAGCAACUCGAGUUGAAAUCCACCAUCCAGGAGGUCAAAGGCCACCUAUACCAGCGCGAUUUUGCUCGUGCAUUUGCCAAACCAGAAUACCUCGACGCAUAUGCACUCAGGUGGAGUGCCAGCCGCGCCCUUGGCUACACGAGCAUUUUCCUGCACCACGACUUGCAGAGAGUGUGGCAUGGACCCGCCGAAACUGCGGCCACGGCUCCGAGUACGAAUGUGAAUUCUGUGUUGAAAGAGGCACAUCUUCCACGUGCGAGCGGCGCUUGUAACGUAGUUUGCAUUGGCGGUGGCGGAGGCGCAGAGGUGGUUGCAUGUGCGGCUGCAGCACGAACACUCUCACUCCCAUCGGGCAGACUGGCCGUCCACGUCGUCGAUAUCGCAGACUGGUCAACCUGCCUUGAGAAAUUAGAGCAGGCACUGUUCACGCCGCCGCCCUUAUCACGUCAUGUCUCUGAGAGCGCCAAAGCGGUGAAUAAAGCCUUCGCUACGAGCGAUGCAUUCUCCGUCCGGUUUACGCAACAUGACAUCCUCGCCAUGGAAGAGGCUGGCCUGCUGCACAGUACCCUGUGUCAAGUGCAUUUCUGUACAAUCAUGUUCACGCUGAACGAGCUCUUCUCGGCCUCCCUUGCGAGGACGACGGCGUUCCUCCUGGCGCUUACAGAUGCCAUGUCGCCGGGUUCCUGGCUUCUGGUCGUGGAUAGUCCAGGGAGUUACUCUGAAGUGACAAUGGGGUCCGGAUUCAGUGCCGCAGAGGGACGAGGAGAUGCGAAGACCCAGACAAGGCGCUACCCGAUGAAGUGGUUGGUAGACCACGCGCUUUUGGAAGUCGCCGGCAAGCAGAAAGACGAGGUGAACAGUACAAGUAGGUGGAGGAAAUGUGUCUCUGACGAUUCGAGAUGGUUCAGGUUGAGCCAGCAACAGUCCCGAAGGUACCCCGUUGAGCUGGAGAAUAUGAGGUAUCAGAUUCAUCUCUAUCAACGGAUUCAGCCGGGCGACCGCGACGGGGAAGGGCAAGGCUAG